AUGGAGAAAAGAAGAAUUAGAAGACUAAAACUUGCAGAACUUCGUAGAGCAAGAGAAGAGCAAAUGGACACUAUUAAUAGAGCAAUUGACAAUAACAGUGAAAUUAAGAAAAAUGGAAUAGAAUAUAUAAAACAUUUCGUCGAAGAAAUAGAUAACAAUGGUGUCAAUGAUGUCGGUUUAGUAAUAAAUGAUAAUAAAAUGAGUAAUGACGGUAAUAGAAUGAAUGAUAAUGCCGAAGAGUCUAUCAUAUCAGACCAUGAAGGCACAAUUCUGAUGCUGCAACAUUAG